AGGUGAAGAGCAGAGUUGUGGUGCCAUUGCCUCGGGGGAGCUCGAGUCACAAAAACUGGAUCGAGGCCCCUAGAUUGAGAUGUAUUUAUUUUUUAGUCCCGAUCCGUUCUCAUGCACGCAAAGCUCCCGGUGAUUCGCUCAUACACACGGGGCCAGUCCUGCAGCCAGUGCAAGCAGUCAGGCUCCUGCACCAGCCAGGGGUCUGGCUCAAGUCAUCACCUAGGCGCUCCAUGGAGUCCCACCCUCAUCUGACACAUGGGGAAACUGAGGCACGGAGGGAGAGCAGUCCACAUAAGAAGGGAGGCAAAGCACAUGCUCCCAUCUCUGCCCUAAACAAGGCAGAUUGCAGUGUGGGGAGGCGCCAUCCACUUGGGAAAGAGCAGGUUGAAGACAUCCCGACGGGUUUCAGGAAAAGGCGAAGGGAAUCGGUCACACAGCAGGGCUCUGCAUGACCGGCCCCACAGCCUGACCUCCCCAAGGGCAGGAGCAAGGCCUCCAUGGAGAAAACGUGACACACAUAGAAAGCAUGAGUCCACGCGCUUGCAUGCGUGUGUGCACGUGUGUAUCUGAGCCUGGGAGCUGUUUCUGUGUGUACGUGUGUCACCCUCUGCCGCUCUGCAUGUGUAUGCGGGUCCUGGAGCAGGCGUGCGGCUGUGGGCUGCUCUCCCAGCCCGUCUGACCCUGGCCCAGCUGCUGUGCUGCGAUGCUGGGAGAUGCCACAACCUUCCCCCUUCCAACAUCUUGGAUGCAAAGGACGUGGGAUCUGCCAAGCCCUGCGGCUGCCUCAGACCCUGCAGCCCAGCCCCUGGCUGCCAAGCUUCCCCGGUCGCUAUAGCAGCCAGCAGCCUGCUGCCUAGCAAUGCAAAGCUGCCGGCUUUUCCCAGGCUGGGAUAGGCUCCCCGACACCAGCCUGCUGUGCCUUCCCAGCUGAUUGGCUUUCCCCACGCCAUUCAUGCCAGGCCAGUUACAUUUCCUGCUGGAAAUCUGCAGCCUCGCAUGCAAGAAGCCCUUCGCUUCCAGACAAACCAGGAGCAUGGCCCCCAAGGCCAAGGGCAAGGGGAAGAAAGGAGGGAGACAGAAGAAGACGCAGCCUGCGGCAGCAGGCGAAGCUGGGGAGUCCCGGAAGACAGCUCUGGAGGUGGACACCCUCAGGAGGCACCUGGUGCUCCGGAGGGAUGUGGCCAGGCAGGCGGAGGGGGGCAGCGGGGGGGGGGGGGCGGGGGCGGGCGAGGGGCUGCAGCUGCGGCUGCAGGAGCUGGAGCAGGAGCUGGAGGCAGAGCGGGACGACAAGAGGGACAUUUAUGAAGAGAUGAUCCGGCAGUACCAGGAGCUGCAGCGGCAGACAGAGACUCGCAUCCAGUGCCUGGAGGCCGAGGUGACACAGCUCCAGGAGCAGCUCGCCGCGUGCCGCCAGGAGAGCCAGCAGGCCCGGGAGGAGAGUGAGCGGAUGCUGGGCGAGAAGGACCGGAGCCUCACUGAGCUGCAGGCCAAGAUCGACACCAUGAAGACUGAAUACGAGCAGAUCCUGCACGGCAGCCUGGAUGGUGUCCUGGCCAAGCUGGCCUCUGCAAAGCUGCGCUGGGAGCGGGAAGCCACGGCCAUCCACAUGGAGCACAAGGAGAGGCUGCGAGACUUUGGCCUCAACCCCCUGGAGAUGUAGCGCCCAGCCUGGGACAGAGACGGGCAGGGGCGAUGCCCAACUCUGCCAG